AGAGGUCUCACUAUAGAUGUGUUGAACACAAGUGUUGACCAGUUUUUGGGUAUACCUUAUGCCGAACCACCGGUCGGUGCGCUUAGGUUUGCAAAACCACAACCAAUAAGAAAUGCCAAAACUGAUAUUAUUGAUGCUACAAAACAUGGAAAUAUUUGUUGGCAAACGGUUUCAAAAAGUAUGGAAUUCUUUGGGAAAUCAAACUUAAGUGAAGACUGUUUGGUACUAAACAUAUGGACACCUAAUGUGGGAAACAAUAACCGAUCGAAAACACUAAAACCAAUCAUGUUUUGGAUACAUGGAGGGGCUCUAGCAAUGGGUUCAAUAAAGUUACAUAACGGCAGUGUUUUGGCCACCAAUGAUGUCGUUGUUGUGGCCGUGAACUACAGACUCGGAUGGUUUGGUUUCAUAUACGGGGAUCGGGAGGACGCACCCGGAAAUGUGGGCUUUUAUGACCAGUUAUUGGCUCUCAAAUGGAUCAGAGAAAAUAGUCAUUCUUUUGGUGGGGAUAGGGAUCGGAUCACUAUAUUUGGUGCAAGCGCCGGUAGUUGGUCCGUAUCGGCACAUAUAUUAUCGCCGUUAACACGUGGACUGUUUAGACGGGCUAUAAUGCAAAGCGGAUCCAUUUUGGGUAAUAAGGACAGGGAUCCUGUCAAUAGGACUGAAGCAUUAUUACAGACAAAAAGAUUAGCAAAACAACUGAAUUGUACGGAACGGGAAGAUUGGCUCAAAUGUCUGAGAGGUGUCGACGCCUCAGAGUUUCCGAAACUAUAUUCAUGGCCAACAUAUCCCGUGUUUGGCACCCAAUACCUGCCCCUUUCAGUGACUAAUUCAUUUAAAAGAAAUAAUUUUCAUUCAGAUAUCGAUAUAAUGGCCGGCAUUACACAGAAUGAGGGGUCAGCCCUCUCAGAGGGGUUUAUGAGUGUACCCAAGAAUAUGAGUGUCCAAGUGAUUAAGGAGCUGGUUACUCAAAUGAAUUCCACUUACCAUGGAUUAGAUGUGGGUACAUUGAUCAGAUAUUACCUAGGUAAUGUCAACAAAAACAAUGUAACAGCCCUUCGAUGGGCUUUCUAUGACCUGUUCGGGGAUUUCUCUAUGAAUUGUCCGACUUAUCUGUUCGCCAAACAAAUGGCUAAACAAAUGGGAGACAAACAUAACGUAUACUUCUAUGAACUCACGUAUCAAAUGCCAGAACUGAUCCAAUUGAGUGGUAUGGAUGACAAGGGUAUUAUUCACGGCAUGGAUGUGCCCUUUGUGUUUGGCAUACCGUUCCUUCAUCCUGAGUUUGCCACACCAGUGGAUGAAGUGUUUAGUAGAUAUGUCAUGAAAAUGUGGACUAAUUUUGCGAAAUACGGCAAACCGGAUGAACAAUGGCCUCAACUAUUGGGCUAUAAAAACGAGAUAAAAGUCUUGGAUUUAAAUCCAAGAAAUGUGACUUUAGUAUUGGAUAAUCCUUAUGAUUUAAUCGAUAGUAUUGAUGUGAACACGACAUCAGGUGUAGUGAGAGGUCUCACUAUAGAUGUGUUGAACACAAGUGUUGACCAGUUUUUGGGUAUACCUUAUGCCAAACCACCGGUCGGUGCGCUUAGGUUUGCUAAACCAGUGCCAAUAAGAAAUGCUAAAAAUGAUAUUAUUGAUGGGAGAAAACAAGGAAAUACUUGUUGGCAAUGGGUGUCAAAAAAUUGGGAUUUUUUGAGAAAAUCAAACUUAAGUGAAGACUGUUUGGUACUAAACAUAUGGACACCUAAUGUGGGAAACAAUAACUCAUCGAAAACACUAAAACCAAUCAUGUUUUGGAUACAUGGAGGGGGUUUGACGGGAGGGUCUAUUGAAUUAUAUAACGGCAGUGUUUUGGCCACAAAUGAUGUGGUGGUUGUGGCCGUGAACUACAGACUCGGAUGGUUUGGUUUCCUAUACGGGGAUCGGGAGGACGCGCCCGGAAAUGUGGGAUUUUAUGACCAAUUAUUAGCUCUCAAAUGGGUUAGAGAAAAUAUACAUCAAUUUGGUGGGGAUAGGGAUAGGAUUACUAUAUUUGGUGAGAGCGCCGGUAGUUGGUCCGUAUCGGCACAUGUAUUAUCGCCCUUAACAAGAGGUUUGUUUAGACGGGCUAUAAUGCAAAGCGGAUCCAUUCUGGCCAAACAGGACAGGGAUCCCGUCAAUAGGACUGAAGCCCUAAAUAUGGCCAAAGAGUUAUCAAAACAACUGAAUUGUACGGAAGGGGAAGAUUGGCUCAAAUAUCUGAGAGGUGUCGACCCCUCGGAAUUUCCAGCACUUUAUAAGUCGCCCACGUAUGCCGUGUUUGGCACCCAAUACCUUCCCGUUUCCGCACAAAAUGCAUUUGAAACUAAUAAUUUUAAUACAGACAUCGAUUUAAUGGCAGGCAUUACACAGAAUGAAGGGUCGACCCUCUCAGAGGCAUAUAUGGGUCUACCCGAGAAUAUGACUGUCCAAGGGUACAAUGAAUUGUUAGCUCAUUUAAACGCCAGAAAUUACCCAGUUGAUGUGGAUAGUGUGACCAACUUUUACCUCCGGGGUGUCAACCGAAGUAAUUUAACAGCCCUUCGAUGGGCUUUCUAUGACCUGUUCGGUGAUCUCUGUAUCAAUUGUCCGACUUAUCUGUUCGCCAAACAAAUGGCUAAACAAAUGGGAGGCAAACAUAACGUAUACUUUUAUGAACUCACGUAUCAAAUGCCAGAAAUUGCACAAUUAGGACGUUUGGAGGACAAAGGAAUUGUUCACGGAAUGGAUGUGCCCUUUGUAUUUGGCAUACCGUUCCUACUUCCUGAUAUAGCCACACCGGUAGAUGUCAACUUCAGUUUACAUGUCAUGAAAAUGUGGACUAACUUUGCUAAAUAUGGUAAACCUUAUGAACAAUGGCCUCAACUAUUAAGUGCUAAAAAUGAGAUAAAAGUGCUGGAUUUAAAUCCAUGGGAUUUGAAUAAAGUAUUGGAUAAUCCUUUCCGCAAUACUUGUGAUGAUAGUAUUGAUGUGAACACGACAUCAGGUGUAGUGAGAGGUCUCACUAUAGAUGUGUUGAACACAAGUGUUGACCAGUUUUUGGGUAUACCUUAUGCCGAACCACCGGUCGGUGCGCUUAGGUUUGCUAAACCAGUGCCUCUUAAAACACCAAAAAAUGUUAGCCAGCUAUUUUUGGUAAUAUGUGGAUUUCAAAUCUGCCUAAUUGUAUGCAUUGAUAAUAGUAUUGAUGUGAACACGACAUCAGGUGUAGUGAGAGGUCUCACUAUAGAUGUGUUGAACACAAGUGUUGACCAGUUUUUGGGUAUACCUUAUGCCGAACCACCGGUCGGUGAGCUUAGGUUUGCUAAACCAGUGCCUCUUAAAACACCAAAAAAUGGUAUAAUUUACGGCAUAAAUCGUGGACACAGUUGUGUGCAAAUGGAGUCACGAAUGACUGCUCGGGAAGAGAGUCUAAAUAUCACACAAAGUGAGGACUGUUUGGUACUAAACAUAUGGACACCUAAUGUGGGAAACAAUAACUCAUCAAAUGAUACACCACUCAAACCUGUAAUGUUUUGGAUACAUGGAGGGGCUCUCACUAUGGGAUCAAUAGCUAUGUUUAAUGGCAGUGUUUUGGUGGCCAAUGAUGUGGUGGUUGUGGCCGUGAACUACAGACUCGGAUGGUUUGGGUUUAUGUAUGGGGAUCGGGAGGACGCGCCCGGAAAUAUGGGAUUUUAUGACCAAUUAUUAGCUCUCAAAUGGGUGAGAGAUAAUAUCCAUUUGUUUGGUGGGGAUAGGGAUCAGAUCACUAUAUUUGGUGAGAGUGCCGGCAGUUGGUCCGUAUCGGCACACAUAUUGUCUCCCCUAUCAAAGGGCCUGUUUAAGAGGGCUAUUAUGCAAAGUGGAGCACAUUUUUACAACAAGGAUAGAGAUGUGAUCACAAAAUCUGAAGCUUUACUAAUGGCUAAAGAGUUAGCAAAUGAAUUGAAUUGUAGUGACUCUGAUAAUUGGCUCAAAUGUUUGAGAGGGGUUGACAUUCAGGAUAUACUAAGCUAUCAAUUUAAUCAUACGAGACAUGUAAUACAUAUAAAUGAGAUGAAGGGUAGUUGGGCUAUAUUCCCGGUGUUGGGCACAGAGUUUAUGCCAUUUUCGGCACAAAAGACAUUUGCAAACAAAAUAUAUGAUUCAGAUAUCGAUUUAAUGGCCGGAAUUACAAAGAAUGAGGGGUCGCUGCUAUCGGAAAUGUUUCUGGGAGUACCAGAAAAUUUAACCCAGAAUCUAUUUAAGGAAUUAGUGGUUAAUAUAGAUGACUUAUUUCAUGGAUUAAAUGCUGAUAAUGUGACCGACUUUUACCUCCGAAACCCAAAUGUACGCAUUAAACAUGAGAUAAUCAAAUCCAUGACAUUUGAAGAAAUGGCAAACAUGGAAUACAUAAGUCGGACAAUUGAUAAAGAGAUCACCGAACAGGCCGUAGAAAGCCUGUCGAAGUGCCGU